UACAACACUUCCAUAGCUACUUUACCCGACAGCUUUGGCUCCCUCAAAAUGGAAUCUUUAAAUUAUAUAAUCUCUUAAUUGUGGGGUUAAGCUGCUAAUUGCCAGGAUGCUUAUUAUGAAAAUGAUCUACCUGAAGCUGCCAUUAUGCUCACACUGUGUUAUUAUUUAGUGUUCUGAUAACAUGCCCCGGCAGGGAUCUUGGCUUCCUUGGGGCUGUUAAUGCCGUCAGAUGCAGGAAGUUGCCGGGGAACGAGGAGGAUAUCUUCACGGGCGAGGGGCUCUGGACAGUGAUGACUUACUCUAUCUGAAGGAACAAAUGGAAGCCGAGGAAGAUGCAGAACGCCUAUUACGUCGCACAGAAAAACGUGCUUUUGCUGCAUUUAAGAAAGCAGCGAGUUUAGCAGAUUCAACUCCUCCAUCUUUGCCUUUACCUCUUCGAGUUGAACCAAAAGCAAAGAGCGGAAUCAGGUGA